CAGAGCAUAGGAGUGACGCCCCCCCCCACCCCCUCCCCCCUGGCCGGCCUGGCACCAUGAACGUCACGUCCCUCUUCUCCUUCACCAGCCCGGCGGUCAAGCGGCUAUUGGGCUGGAAGCAGGGCGACGAGGAGGAGAAAUGGGCCGAGAAGGCUGUGGACGCCCUGGUGAAGAAACUGAAGAAGAAGAAGGGGGCCAUGGAGGAGCUGGAGCGCGCCCUCAGCUGCCCGGGGCAGCCCAGCCGCUGCGUCACCAUCCCGCGCUCUCUGGACGGCCGGCUGCAGGUGUCGCACCGCAAGGGCUUGCCGCAUGUCAUCUACUGCCGCGUGUGGCGCUGGCCCGACCUGCAGUCCCACCACGAGCUCAAGGCCCUUGACUGCUGCGAGUUCCCCUUCGGCUCCAAGCAGAAGGACGUGUGCAUUAACCCCUAUCACUACAAGCGCGUCGACAGCCCAGUGCUGCCCCCGGUGUUGGUGCCCAGGAACAGCGAGUUCAAUGCCAAGCACAGCAUGCUGCCCCGGUUUCAGAGCCCGCUGAACCAGACGGAGCCGCACAUGCCGCACAACGCCAUCUUCCCGGACUCCUUCCCCCCCGCCGGCCCGCUGCCCUUCCCUCACUCGCCCAACGGCAGCUUUCCCGGCUCCCCGGGCAGCGGGAGCAGCAGUGCCACCUUCCCACAUUCUCCGUCCGGCUCCGACCCAGGGAGCCCGUUUCAGAUGCCAGAAACACCCCCACCUGCCUACAUGCCCCCGGAGGACCAGGUGACUCGGGACUGCCCUCAGCCCAUGGACACCAACAUAUUGGCCCCGCCCCUGCCACUAGAGAUCAAUAACAGGCCAGACGUGCAGCCUGUGGCAUACGAGGAGCCCAAACACUGGUGCGCCAUCGUCUACUACGAGCUGAACAACCGCGUGGGGGAGGCUUUCCAGGCAUCCUCCACCAGUGUGCUGGUGGACGGCUUCACCGACCCCUCCAACAACCGCAACCGCUUCUGCCUGGGGCUCCUGUCCAACGUCAACCGCAACUCCACCAUCGAGAACACCCGGAGGCACAUCGGCAAAGGGGUGCACCUGUACUACGUGGGCGGCGAGGUGUACGCCGAGUGCCUCAGCGACAGCAGCAUCUUCGUGCAGAGCCGCAACUGCAACUACCACCACGGCUUCCACCCCACCACCGUCUGCAAGAUCCCCAGCGGCUGCAGCCUCAAGAUCUUCAACAACCAGGAGUUCGCCGAGCUGCUGGCGCAGUCCGUCAACCACGGCUUCGAGGCCGUCUACGAGCUCACCAAGAUGUGCACCAUCCGCAUGAGCUUCGUCAAGGGUUGGGGGGCCGAGUACCACCGCCAGGACGUCACCAGCACCCCCUGCUGGAUCGAGAUCCACCUGCAUGGCCCCCUGCAGUGGCUGGAUAAAGUCCUGACCCAGAUGGGAUCCCCAGACAACCCGAUCACCUCCGUGUCCUAGACAGAACGGGGUUGGGAGGGGCAGAUGGGGACGAGACCGAUAGUAGUGGGUGGUGGGGGGUUAUAUUUUACUUGAAGGCUGUCUGAAUCAGGCACGUGACACACUGACACAGGGGGACGACGCGUUUGUCUGGGACAUACUUAACCUUCGUGACCAACCGUAAUAAUCAGAUCAUCAUCAGGUAAUUCUAACCCCCCCCAAUCCACCCCCCACCCCCGUCAGCAGUUUUCCUUCCCUCCACUCUCGAGUUCAUAGUGCAGUAUUCCGCUGUGGACCCGGGCUUGACCCGGGAUUGUACAGCGACAUGUCUGAAUACGAGAGGCUGUAACAGCAACUGAGGCGGGAGGAGGCGGCGGGUGGGAGCAGUAUAAAGGUCAUGUUUUCAUUGAACUUGUUAGCUUAUGACUGUAUUAUAAUAUUUAGGUCAGUAAUUCAUGCGUACAGGCCACUCGUUUUAUAUGAUGGGGUAGGGGGAGUAUGCAAACCGAUGGUUUUUCCCAUCAGACCUGCCUAUAGGUGUCUGUUUUUUUUUU